CUUGAGUACCUGCAGCAGGCAGUGGCCGAGUCCCAGAGAGCCCCGCUCCGGAGCAGCACAGAAGCCCGGCUCCUGCACCUUGUCGUCCGCCCUGCCGUCCCCGGGUCCCAAAGUCCGUCGGAACUCGCGCUCACCGCCCGAGAAAGAGAGAGAGGCAGCACUAGAGGCGGCAUGGCCGAACCGCCCGGGCACCUUCGCCGCCGUCGGGCGCCGUUCGGGGCGGCGCUGCUCCUGCUCUCUAUUCUGGCUGCGCUCGGGACCACCCAGCCGGACUCAGCCGGGCAGCCGCUUCUCCUUCAGCCGGCGGAACCGGACGGGGGCGCCGCGGGGAUCUUGGUGGCCAACCGCGGGCUGCGCGUGCCUUUCGGCCGCUCCGUCUCUCUGGACCCCGCCCGGGACCUGGUGAUCCGCGUGCAGCCGGGCGACAAGUGCAUCGUGACCGUCUUGGAGAGCGGGCCGCCGCCUGCGCCUCACCGCCCGGGGGCGCUCUCGCCGCAACGCUUCCCCUGCGAUUUCGGUCCCGGAGAGGUGACUUACACCCACUACGGGUCUCGCAGCCCCGGCCGCGACCGCCUCAGCCUCCAGCUCCGCUACGACUCGCCCAGCCGCACGUUCGUGGUGCCUUUCGCGCUGGAGGCCGAGGUGCUGUCGCAGCAGCUGCGCCUCCUCAGCCGCAACCUGCCGCUCGCCGUGGAGAAGCUGCGGGGCCUCAGCCAGCCCCUGGACGCCAAAGUCCUGGCCUUCGCCGAGGAGGGAGAAGCCGGGCGUCGCCACUGCCGCCUCACCGCCCUCCCUCACCCGUCCAGCAGCGGCAACCACCUGCCUUCCUACGGGCGUUUGAUCGACGCCCACGGGCGCCCCCUGCCGCCGGGCUACAGCAACGACUGCCGCCGCUUCCUCAGCGAAGGCAUCCGCUACCAGCACACGGCUCCCACGCCCUCCCCCAACCGCGACCACAUCCCCAUGCGGGUGGAAGUACUAGAGGACAGCGGAUCUCCCGAGAGCCAAAGCCAGCAGGAAUACUUUCAGGUGGUGGUUCUGAUCCGGGAUGGGGUUGAGAACACUCCCCCCAAGCCCAGCUUUGUGGCUUUGCUCAUGAUGGAGGUGGACCAGUUUGUGCUUACCGCCAUCACCCCUGACAUGUUGGCAGCGGAGGACUUGGAGACCCCGUCAGAUCUGCUGCUAUUUAAUCUCACCUCUCCCUGGCUCAGUGUUGGAGGGCAAGAUGUGACCACUGGUUACUUGAUAAGUACGGAUGAUCCUAGUCGCCCACUCACUUCUUUCACUCAGCGGGAGUUGAGGGAGCUGAAGAUUGCCUACCAGCCUCCUACAGUGGACUCAGACCAUGAGCGUCUCUUCCAGUUUGAGUUGGAGGUGUUGGACCCUGAGGGUGCCUCUUCAGACCCCUUUGCCUUCAUGGUGGUGGUGAAACCUAUGAACACUUUGGCUCCGGUGGCUGUCUUUAAUCGCAUUGCCGGCCCUCAGAUGAUGCUUUUUGAAGGCCAGUCAAGGCCGCUUUCUGACAAUCUUGUAAUCAGUGAUGAGGACAACUUAGGGGAAGUGAAGAUUUGGGUUACAAGAGGUCUAAAACAUGGUGAAUUGAGAGUUUUGAAUGCAUCUCCUGGUCGUCAUUUUUUUACUGCAGCAGAGUUGGAAGCUGGACAGGUGAUCUACCAGCAUGAUGGCAGUGAGCACAGUUUCAGUGAUAACAUUAUCUUUCGCAUGGAGGAUGGACAACACCAGGUGGAGUUUUUUUAUCCAAUUACAAUUGCCCCUGAUGAUGAUCAACCACCACUCCUUAAUGCCAACACUGGCUUGGUCCUAAGUGAGCACCAGGUAGUGCAGAUCUCACCCUUUGUUCUCAGUGCUACUGAUAUAGACUCUGAUGACUCCACUAUUCGAUUUCUGCUUAAGGAGGUUAAAAAGUCUUCAGGUGUACCUGUCUGGAAACAUUUUGGUGAGUUUCUGUUGCGUCAGGGAGAGGUUCCAUCAUCCAGUGAAAAAGAGGAAGAUAUGGAAGAAGAUCAUAGUGAUCCAUCCUCCUGGCACUUUAUAGUGAGUGAGGGUAUAUAUGAGAAGGUAGUGACUGAAUGGCUGCAAGAGGAUAUCCUGGAUGGAAAGUUGUUCUACAGGCAUAUUGGACCUCAUAGCACCAAUGUAGUGAUGGACCAGUUUGUAUUUUAUCUCCAAGAUGAUAAUGACCCUCCAAAUCAAUCUGAAGAAAAGGUGUUUAUCAUCAAGAUACAGCCAGUAGAUAACCUAUCUCCAGAACUAUACCCAGGGACAACUUUACAAAUGACUGUCCUCGAAUACCAAGUGACACAUUUCAAGAAGCAUUACCUGUGUUAUACUGAUUUGGACACAGAUGACAGAGAGCUGAAAUAUACAGUGCUUACAUCACCAACUGAUAUUGACGAAAAUCACCCUAUCUUGGCAGGUGAAAUUGUAUUGACUGACAGUCCUCUGGUGCCUAUUACCCAUUUCACUCAAGCACAGAUAAAUCAUCAUAAAGUGGCCUAUAGACCACCAGACCAAGAACUUGGCAUUACUCCAAGAGUAGUACAAUUCACUUACAGUGUAGAAGAUGCAGCUGGUAAUUCUGUGCUAGGCAUUUUCACUUUCUUCUUGCAGCCAGUGAAUAAUCAGCCCCCACAAAUAACCAAUGCUGGUUUCACAGUGUUUGAGGGGCACAGCUUCUUUCUCACCACCACGCAGCUAGAUGCUACUGAUAAAGAUACAGACACUGACCGAAUUGUCUUCACUUUAACUAAAACACCUCAGCAUGGCCACCUGCGCUACCUAGAGGAAGGAUUGAUGGUACAGGGUGAAUCUUUUCUGUUAGAUGACAUUACUAAUGGUCGCAUAUCCUAUCAACAUAAUGGUGAUGAGUACAGAAGUGAUUCCUUUCAGUUAGAAGUAAGUGAUGAAGUUCAUCAAGUACCAAUCACAGUUAAAAUUGCUGUUCAACCAGUUGAUGAUGAACGUCCCAGCAUCAUGGUCCCUAGUAGUAAUGGACUUUUGGGGGCCUUUAUUGAUGUUCUGGAAAAUAGUGUUACUGAAAUAACCACUUCUCUUAUCCAGGGAACAGAUGAGGAUACUGAUGAACUGGCAUUAACUUUUAUUGUAGAGGACCCCCCUAAACUGGGUAGUAUUUUAGUGGAUGGAGUACCCUCAAAAAGAUUCACUCAAGAGGAUCUCAUAAGCGGAACAGUUGUUUAUGCUCACAAUAGUGGAGAGAUUGGAUUGAAGAAGCAGACUGAUUCUUUCAAUCUUACUAUUUCAGAUCGGGCCAGUGAGUGGGUGGUGAGAGGAAGCACAAUAGAAGGAGUGCGUGUGACUGUAACUCUUUUGCCAGUGGACAACAUUGCUCCUGAAGUUAUGUUGGGAGAAGAACCAUUCACUGUUCAAGAAGGAGGAAAGAAUGUGCUAAGGCUAGAACUGCUGGAUGUGGAAGAUAUUGAUACUCCUAGAGAUGAUAUUCUCUGUACCAUUCUAACACAGUCAACUGCUGGUUACCUAGAGAAUAUCUCUCCAGCACCAGGAUCUGAAAAAUCCAGAACUGGGAUUCCCAUCAGUGCAUUUUCCAUCAAAGAUAUUCGUGUUGGUCAUGUCAACUAUGUUCAGAGCAUCCAUAAGGGGAUAGAACCUUUAGAAGACAGAUUGUCUUUCCAGUGCUCUGAUGGUAUCAACUUUUCACCACCUCAGUUCUUUCCAAUUAUCAUUAUCCCAACCAAUGAUGAGAAGCCCGAAUUGUUUGUACGUGAGUUUGUGGUGUUGGAAGGAAUGAGUUUGGUAAUUGACACACCCAUUCUUAAUGGUGCUGAUGCUGAUAUUCCCCCAGAUGAAUUGCGCUUCUUUAUAACUGUUCCUCCAAAGAAUGGACAGAUUGUUAACCAGCUGGCUACAGGUACUGUGUCUGUUACCAAUUUCACCCUGGAAGAAAUUCGGGAGGCAUCUAGCAUUGUGUAUGAGCAUGAUGACUCAGAAACUAAAGAGGACUCUUUCAAAAUCCAGCUCACUGAUGGCCUACACACAGUGGAGGAAGAAGUAUUAAUAAUGGUCAUUCUGGUUGAUGAUGAAACACCCCGGAUGUCCAUCAAUGAUGGAUUAGAAGUAGAUGUUGGUGAAUCUAAAGUUAUCACCAAUCAAGAUCUCAAAGCCACUGACAUAGACUCUGAAGACAGGAUGCUUACAUACAUUAUUCGUUUAUCCCCCAGGCAUGGCUUAUUACAGCAUAUAAGUAAAGAAAAAGAGAUGCUAUACAAUAUUACACUCGGCAUGAAUUUCACACAGGAUGACAUAGAUCAUAAAUAUAUAUGUUAUACACAUACAGGCCAACAGGGACUCCGUGACUUAAUUAAGUUUGAUGUCACUGAUGGCAUCAAUCCCUUGAUAGAUAGAUAUUUUUACAUUACCAUUAAUGGCAUUGAUAUGGUGUUUCCAGAGGUGAUCAAUAAAGGAGUCACUCUGAAAGAAGGUGGGAAAGUGACUCUCACUACAGAUCUCCUCAGUACAAGUGAUAUCAACAGUCCUGAUGAGCUACUUAGGUUCAGCAUCACCCGGGCACCAAGCAGAGGUCAUUUAGAGAAUUCUGACAACCCUGGAGUUCUUGUCACUAUCUUCACUCAGCUUCAACUAGCUGGAAACAAGAUUUAUUACAUCCACACUGCAGAUGAUGAGGUGAAGAUGGAUAGCUUUGAGUUUGAAGUGACUGAUGGCUAUAAUCCAGUCUUCCGUACUUUUAGAGUUUCUAUUACUGACGUGGACAAUAAGAAGCCAGUUCUCACAUUACAUGACCUCACAGUUCAAGAAGGGGAAACCAAACUGAUCACACCAUUUGAGCUAAAUGUGGAUGAUCGGGAUACACCUGACCAUCUACUCCAUUUCAUAAUUACUCAAGUCCCUGUACAUGGUCAAAUUAUUUAUAACAACAGCUAUUCUGUCACCAGUUUCACUAAACAAGACUUAAAUGAAAAUAUGAUCAGCUACAAACAUGAUGGCACUGAAACUAAUCAUGAUAGCUUCUCUUUCACUGUAACGGAUGGGACACAUCCAGAUUUUUAUGUUUUUCCUGAUACCAUUCUUGAAACACGUAACCCACAGAUGAUGAAAAUUCAGAUCAAUGCUUUAGACAAUGGAAUACCACAAAUAGUAGUGAACAAGGGUGUCUCCACACUGAGAAAUAUAGCAACUGGACACCUGGGCUUCCUAAUAACCAGCAAGUCUCUGAAAGCAGAAGACAGAGAUAGUCCACACAAAUUAUUGAAAUAUAAGAUCACAGAUGGGCCAAAACAUGGAUUUCUCAUUAAUAUUGGCCUAGGAAAUGCAACUGUCAAAUCCUUUUCCCAAGCUGAUAUUGAUGAAAUGAAGAUUUGUUAUGCCUUGAAAGAACGUGAAAAUGCUACGAGCGAUAUCUUCUAUUUUUCAGUUGAAGAUAAUGGAGGAAACAGAUUGAAGAGCCAACCUUUUCGUUUGAACUGGGCUUGGAUUUCACUGGAAAAAGAAUAUUAUAUGAUAGAUGAGGAUUCCAAGGUUCUGGAGGUAACGCUGAAACGCAGAGGAUAUCUGGGGGAGACUUCAUUUGUUAGCAUUGGGACUAAAGAUGGAACAGCAGAAAAGGAUAAAGAUUUCAGAGGAAAAGCUCAGAAACAGGUUCAGUUUAACCCAGGACAGACUCUGGCUACUUGGCGAGUAAGAAUAAUUGCAGAUAAUAAAUAUGAAGAAUCUGAGACCUUCCAGAUUAUUUUGUCAGAUCCAGUUAUGGCUGCCCUAGAGUUGCCAGAGAAGGCAGUGGUGGAGAUUAUUGAUCCUGGUGAUGAAUCUACUGUGUAUAUUCCUGGGUCAGAAUAUAGAGUAGCUGAAGAUGUUGGUGAACUGUUAAUUCCUAUCAGGAGAUCUGGAGAUACUAGUCAUGAACUAAUGGUUGUUUGUUACACUCAUCAAGGAACUGCCACCGGCACAAUUCCUUCUACAGUCUUGUCAUAUUCUGACUACAUAUCUCGCCCUGAUGACCAUACCAGUUUAAUUCGCUUUCAUAAGGAUGAGAAGGAGAAAAUAUGCCGGGUCAUAAUUAUUGAUGAUUCACUUUAUGAGGAAGAUGAAAAUUUUAAUGUCACUUUAAGUAUGCCAUUGGGUGGAAAAAUUGGAGCUGAAUUUCCCAGUACUAAGGUCAUCAUUUUAGAUGAUACAAAUGAUCAACCUGCUUUCUAUUUUGGUGACACUGAAUAUUUUGUUGCGGAGAGCGCUGGUUAUGUAGAAGUUCGUGUUUGGAGAACUGGAACAGACUUGUCCAAAGCAGCCACUGUCACUGUGCGCUCCAGGAAAACUGAACCAGUAUCUGCAGAAGCUGGAGUUGAUUAUGUUGGCAUAAGCCAAAACAUGGAUUUUGCUCCUGGUGUAAACAUGCAGACUUUUCGUGCAACUAUUUUGGAUGAUCUAGGACAGCCGGUUCUUGAAGGCCCCGAAAAGUUUGAACUUGUUCUCCAGAUGCCAGUGAAUGCAGUGCUUGGAGAGCCAAGCAAAGCUACUAUCAUCAUAAAUGAUACCAUUACUGAUUUACCCAAAGUCCAAUUUAAGGAACCUCUCUACAUUGUGAAUGAAAAAGAUGGUCAGGUAGAAGCUAUGAUCUCACGAAGUGGAGAUGUUAAUCAUAAAUCUACUGUCCGCUGCUACACUCGCCAAGGCUCUGCCCAGGUUAUGAUGGACUAUGAGGAGAGACCAAACACAGAUGACUCAAUAAUAACAUUCCUACCAGGAGAGAUAGAGAAACCCUGUUUUGUGGUUUUGGAAGAUGAUGCUAUCUAUGAAGAGGAGGAAGAGUUCAGACUGGUGCUUGGGACUCCAAAAAGUACUUCUUCAUUUGGUGCUUCCAUUGGGGAGCUAAAAGAAGUGCUGGUGAAGAUUAAGGAUGAAGAAGACAAACCAAUGAUUACAUUCUCUGAGGUGAAAUACAACAUUCAAGAACCACAGGAGCCUGGAGAAAUUGCAGUUUUAAAGAUCCCAAUCUUGCGACUUGGAGAUACUUCCAAAGUUUCUAUUGUAAGAAUACAUACUAAAGAUGGUUCAGCUACUUCUGGAGAAGAUUAUAAUCCAAUGUCUGAGGAUAUUGAAUUUAAAGAAGGAGAAACAGAGCACUUUGUGGAGGUUGAAGUUUUGUAUGAUGGAGUGAGAGAAAUGCGUGAAGCAUUUACAGUGCAUUUGAAACCUGAUGAGAAUAUGGUGGCUGAGACACAGAUGAAUAAAGCCAUUAUAUACAUUGAAGAAAUGGAUAGCAUGGCAGAUGUGACUUUCCCAGCUGUGCCACAAAUUGUAUCACUUCUGUUGUAUGAUGACACUGCCAAAAGCAAAAUAAAUCCCCACCCUCCCAAUGGAUAUCCUAUUGUGUGUGUAACGGCAUGCAACCCCAAAUACUCAGAUUAUGACAAGACUGGAUCUAUUUGUGCUGCUGAAAACAUCAAUGACACAGUGACCUUGUAUCGUUGGCUUGUCAGUGCCCCAAGCGGCAUGGAUGGUGUGACCAGCCCGAUGCGUGAAGUGGAUGCCAAUACUUUCUUCACUAACACCAAGUCAAUUGCUUUAGACUCCAUCUAUUUCCAAGCUGGCUCCAGGGUUCAGUGUGCAGCACGUGCUGUCAAGGCCAAUGGAGAUGUGGGCUUAGAACUGUUGAGUCCCAUCCAUGUAAUAAAUAGACAAAAAGGUCUGUGCCAACCACGUAUUCUGGGUACAAUUGGAGCAGAGCCUUUCUCAGCCAAAAUUCAUUACAUAGGUCCUGAUGAUCCUGACUAUCCAAACCUGAUCAAGUUUUCGGUUACCAUGCCUCAUAUAGAUGGAAUGUUGCCAGUAAUCUCAACCAGACCUUUGUCCAAUUUUGAGUUGACACUGAGCCCGGAUGGCACUCGUGUAGGCAAUCACAAAUGCUCCAAUCUCUUGGAUUAUAAUGAAAUUGAAACAAAACAUGGCUUCAUCACAGAUGAUAUCAAGAAUCCAGAAGUGAUUGGAGAAACUUCACCCUACCAAUACAGCAGUAGCAUACGAUCAGCUAAAACUUUACGCUUCUACCGUAAUCUCAAUCUGGAGGCCUGCCUGUGGGAAUUUAUCAGUUAUUAUGAUAUGUCAGAACUGGUAACUGACUGCAGCGGCUCCAUUGGGACAGAUGGUCAGGUGUUGAAUCUGGUUCAAUCGUAUGUCACUCUUCGAGUGCCCCUCUAUGUAUCUUAUGUCUUCCAUUCACCUGCAGCAGUUGGGGGCUGGCAACAUUUUGACCUGCAAUCUGAGUUGAGGCUCACUUUUGUGUAUGAUACUGCCAUUCUAUGGAAAGAUGGCAUUGGAAGUCCACCAGAAGCAGAACUGCAAGGGUCUCUUUACCCAACCAGUAUGCAAAUCAAUGAUGAAGGGCGAUUGGUGGUCCAUUUCAGGACUGAAAUUCGAUUCAGGGGACAGUUCAUAAUAUCCCAUCCAGGUACUUCUCUGACUUCUAUGGUGAUGUCAUCUGACCAUCCUGGCCUUACAUUCACAUUGAACCUUUCUCAAAGUGAGCACACCUUCAAUCAACCAAUGCAGCAAUGGAAGUUUCUUUCCGAUUUUGCUGUACGUGACUAUUCUGGCACUUACACUGUGAAACUUAUCCCCUGUGUUGCCACACCCAGCCAAGAAUAUACCCAGCCUGUCAUCUGCGGCCCACGGGAGCCAAUCACUUUUGAUCUGGAUAUCAGGUUCCAGCAGGUCAGUGACCCAGUAGCAGCUGAAUUUAAUCUCAAUACUCAAAUGUUUCUGCUAUCCAAGAAGGAUCUGUGGCUGUCUGAUGGCUCUCUGGGAUUUGGAGAAGAAACUGAUGUCUCAUUCACAGAGGGUUCCGAAAUCUACGGUCGUGUCAUGGUGGAUCCCGUUCAGAAUUUAGGGGAACCUUUCAUCUGUAACAUUGAGAAGGUGUUCUUAUGUACAGGGGCCGAUGGGUAUGUUCCCAAGUAUAAUCCAAGUAACAAAGAAUAUGGUUGCCUAGCUGACUCACCUUCCCUAUUGUACAGAUUCAAAAUCCUGGAUAAAGCUCAACCAGAUACACAAGCAAAAAUGUUUGGAAGCAUGGCAUUCCACGCCAAACUAGCAGUUGAUCACAUUGAUGGCCAUCCUUUGGUAAAACAGCCUGGUUCUGAUGGAUUCAGCCUGCUGUCAACUCCAUUAUUCCAGGUAGCAGUGGGUCGAGAAUGGUACAUCCACACCAUCUACAUGGUUCGGUCACGUGAAAAUGCUCAUAAGGGCCUUGGAAAAAGAAGUAUUGAGUAUCACCAUGUUUUAUCUUUCAAUAACAGCUCCUCACAUCUUAGUCGUUCUCGGAGAGCUGUUUCUGAUAUUCCUGCUCUUGCCCAAGAUAUUGGUGCUGAUAAGAAUAGAGGAACAAAUAUCCAGCAUAUAGUUCUUGACCGAUCUAAUAAAAUUACAUUCAGGCAGAAAGAAUGGUCUCCAGCAGGUAAACCUUAUGAAAAGCCAGUCCUGCAAAUUCCAGGAAGUAAUGCAGAAGACAAGAUAAUUCCCAUUAUUGGAGGUGCAAUUGGACUAUUGCUUCUUCUCUGCACUGUUAUAAUUAUUAUAUUACUUCUGAAGCGAAAGGGACAUUCAACUGAUGGGAAAACAAGCUCAUUUACCAAUCAUUCCAACAGUAAUGAAACUAUGACUACACAGCAGAGCAAUAGUGAUAGCUCUGAAGUUUAACAGCAUUGAUGACUCUUUGAAGAUCCUACAUAAUGGAAACCACAUGGGGCUGGGCUGGGGGUGGGGUAGAUAUGGAAUUAGGCUGCUGCAGUUUUGGUGCUAUGUUGUGUGAGAUUCCAGUAUUUGGAAGAAAAAUAUAGCAAAGAUAAUCUGUAAAGAAAUGUGAUUUAUUUAUAACUUCCCCCACAACCAACGUCCAGGAACACAGGAUGAUCUCCUGGACUACAAUGUUAAUUAAACUUAGCAUUUCCCCCUUGAAAUGGUGCUUUAAAAAAAAAAUCGUUAGCAGGUAUAAAAGUGUGCCUUAUCUAUCAACAUGAAAGCCUGGUGCUAUUCAAAGGGAUAUUGAUUUCCUUUUCAUUAAAUUGUAUAGUGUUUAGAUUUAUACCAUUUUUAUAAGAAAGGGUGGGAGGGAGGUUAAGAAAAAAGGUAAAAUUUUAACUAAACGGGAUACAAGCAAAUAUCUGUAAUUAAAUCUCAAUGGAAUCUGUAUUGAUAAGCAAAACACUGUAUUGGAAAAAUACUGAGCUUAUUUAAAGAGAAUGUUUCUUGAAUGUUUUAAUAUACAGGUAUUACAAAUAGUCUUUCAUACAACAUCCUGCAAUGUUCUGUACUUAUGUAACAUAAAUGUCAUAAAACUAAAUCAUUAUUAGAUUAUUAUUCCAAUUGCUUGCAGUUAGUUGUAUUUUAUUUAUAUUAGUUCAAAUAGCUCUCUCCUAAUGGAACUUGGAAAAUAUUGUAAAAUAUUGUGAAUAACUUACAUGCCCCUAACUGCCUGGAAAUUUCUUUUCAGAGUGUCCUUUUAAAAAAAACAACAACUGCUACUUAGCUAAGCAAUCGUAGUAAAUUUUGUGUCAACACAUGCAACCGUUUAAAAAAAUUAUGUGACAAUUAUUACCGUGUUAUUUUGAAAAAAAAUCAUUCUGGGAAAGGGCUAUUCAAUAUUGUUUUAGGAGAAUCAAGAUGGCACUUUGCUGAAUAAAAUAGUGCAUAUUUUCAAAGCUGGUAACCCCCUUUUUAUUUCAUCUUUAAUUAUGAACAAGAUAGAAUUGCCUUUAGUUUAUAAAGCAACUUUCCAUGCCAGAUUGAUAGAAUCUAUAUAAUUUCAAAAUAAGUAAAAGUAAGUUAUUGCCUCUAUUUCUUGAGGUUCUGUGGUGUGGUUAAUCAGCAUAUACUACAAUGUUUCCCUCAAAUAUAAGACCCUGUCUUAUAUUUUUCUGAACCCCGAAAAAGCGCUUGGCCCUAUUUUCAGGGAGGUAUUAUUUUGGGGUGCGUGGAGCAGGACAGGGUUCCUCUUGUCGUCUUACCUGAUUUCCAGCUCUGUCUCCCUAAGCCUAACCAGACCAACUGUGCAUGCAUUUAAAUAUUUUCGGGGAGGGUUUAUUUUUGGGGAAACAUCGUAAAUUUGGUUAUAGAAUUUAUAUAUUUCUCACAUAAUAGGGUUUUGCCCUACACAUCUGGAAAGUUUUAGAUUCAAAUGAGUUUUGUUAUAGAAAACAAAGUACAUUAAUAAUAAGAUUGCACCAACUUAUUCAGAAACUACAGCAAUUUCAGUAGGAUCUACUCAUUUUAAAUAUCUAUGUGAGAUCAAAGCUUUAAUUAAUCAGGAUGCUGUGGAAAGUAUUUUGAUAUACUAAAAACUAUCCCUGGUUAAUUGGAUAGCCAGUUUUAUUUUUUUAACAGCAAUUGUGUUGUUAAAACAAAGAGUUUCCUUUUUCUCAUGCUUAGGAGAAAACGCCUGUUAAUGGUUCUUGGACACUAAUUUGUCUACAAGCAAUUUAAUUAAGAUUCAUCUUUUUAAUUGAUAUAAUCAUUGUGCAUUAGUUAUCUAUUUUUCUUGUCUAGAAAUAAAUUCUCAGAAUACUACUGACCAAUCUCUAAAUUAUAAUAACCGUUUUAAUACUGUAUGCUAGUUUCCUUUAAAUAUUUUAAUUCAUAGAGUUUAUUAGCUAAUCAGUCAAAAAAUAACUAGCAUAUAAAAGUCUCCUGCUUUAUAGGAAUAUUUUUUUAAUAAUGGAUCUUCCAGUUGCUGCUGCUGCUGCUGCCUUUAUUUCAUGUAGGGCAAUGCACAUUUCAAAAUUAUUUGGAAAUGUGAAUUGUAUAAGAAGAGCAGCUUUCUACUAUUCAUUAAAGCAAACUGAAAUUUUUGGCUUUCAAAGCUAGUGUGAAUAGCCCUGAUACCUUUCCAAAUGACAAUAGCAAUAUAUUUUUUUCCACCUGCACCAGCUAAAUUCAAGUUACUCACAUCAGAGGACCAUGCUGUAUUUUCUUCUGUACCUUCUAGCUGCCUAGACAUAGCAGCUAGUUUUGAUUCCUCCUCUUCCUUUCUUUUUUGUUAAGCCAAAGUAGUUUAAUGGUUCAUUUAUGAAGAAAUGCAUGAAGUUUGAAAAAUUCUCAAUGUAAAAUUGACAAUGAUAGAUUCUUUUGCUUAAAGGAAAUAAAAAUUUGCAAGGUUUACUUUAAUUAGCUGCAGUAAUAAGGUUUAUAUACUUGGCUGAUUAUGAACAAAUUUAUCAUAUGUUAAUCAUUGGUUAUUUAUUCUGUCAAAAUCAUGACCUUAAUAUUUUAUUAACUGUAGACUUUCACAUUUCCAGGAUUACCACUGUUAUAUUACCAAGCAGUUGGAAGAUUAUUUCAUUAAUAUGAUACAAAUACUAUCUAUGUUGAAGUGUUAAAGAAAGAAGCAAACUCUGAUAGAAGGUGCUUUUUUCAAGAGGCAACUAGACUUUCUGGUUUUUCUUCAAUUACGUUUCGCUUCUUAUCCAAGAAGCUUCUUCAGCUCUGACUGGAUGGUAGGUGACGAAGCUUCUUGGAUGAGAAACGUCUUCAAAGGAAAACCAGAAAGUCCAGUUGCCUCUUGAAAAAAGCAACUUUGGGACAACCAUGACCUAGAUGACUGAGACUCUCUAUAGACAAACUCUAAUAGGAAUAUCUUGAAAAGAAACAGCCUUUGAAAAAUGGUAUGCAUUGCUUGUACAUUGCUCAAUAAGAGAGCAUCUAUGCUCUGAUAAGGCUAGUUUUAUUUACACUACCUGGAAUAAGACUCACUUCAGUGAAAUCUCUCUUUCCAAAGUUUUACUCUGAAUUAUAUGACAAUUGGCAUAUGACAAAAAUAGACAACCAUCCAGUCUAUUUUUCAUUUAGCAACCAAAAGGUGGAAAGCCACUAAAGUAUAAGCAUUCUUUCAUUAGUGUAGAAUAAAAUACUUCCCGAACAGUAGAUUACUGCAAUUUAUAUUACAUUCAGAUGUAAAAUAUAUAAGUGAUAUAUCUAUAUACUUAACUCACUUAUUUCAAAGGACAGGUAAAGCUAGGUUGUCAAGAACAGAAACAUUAUGUUUCAAAUGUACUGUAUUAUGGUAUAUAUGACUGUGAAUUUACCCAAAUACUCUUUCAGAGAUCAUUUUAUAAAAAUUGUUUUUUCAUACAA